AAAAGGGGCCUGUUGUUAUAAAUACCAGAAAAUAGCUGUCAUCCGGAAUUAUAGUUAGUUACGAACGGUUGGUGUGUAAUAUAUCUGUGCUGUAAACAAAAAGUGGAGCUCCUCUUUUAAAUCCUUUUAUAGCCAACUGUGGGCCCUGACCUGGCCAAUCCAUUGAAGUCAGAAUGCCAAUAUCAGCUGAUCAAAAGAAAGCUUUAAAUUCCCAGGCUGUUGAGAAUUUUAGAGAAUAUUUGAAAAUUCCUAGUGUACAUCCUUGUAUAGAUUAUGGUCCAUGUGAAGAGUUCCUCAGAUCCCAAGCAGAAGGCCUAAAUUUGCCAAUCAAAAUUUAUACAAUUGCCCAAGGCAAGCCUAUAGUGAUAAUAUCAUGGAUAGGAUCAGAGCCUUCAUUGCCAAGUAUUCUUCUAAACAGCCACAUGGAUGUGGUACCAGUUUACGAGGAAAACUGGACAUACAAACCGUUCAGUGCCCAUGUAGAUGAAAAAGGCGAUAUUUAUGCCAGAGGCUCUCAAGAUAUGAAAUGUGUUGGAAUUCAAUAUUUAGAAGCUAUCAGAAUACUGAAGCUGGAAGGAGUAAGCUUGAGAAGGACUUUGCACGUAUCAUUUGUACCAGAUGAGGAAAUCGGAGGAGUUGAUGGCAUGGCCAAAUUUGUACUGUCUGAGGAUUUUAAAAAACUGAAUAUUGGUUUUGCUUUGGAUGAGGGAAUGGCUUGUCCAACUGAAGUCUUUGGACUAUUUUAUGGAGAAAGAAAUAUUUGGCAUUUGAGAAUUCAUUGUCCUGGCACCCCUGGCCAUGGCUCACUACUACUAGAAAAUACUGCCGGUGAAAAAGUAUCCUACAUUUUAAAUAAAUUCUUUGAAUUUAGGAAGGAAGAAAAGAAAAAAUUGGCUGACAAUCCUAAUUUGACUCUUGGUGAUGUCACCACAGUUAAUCUCACACAAAUCAGCGGAGGAGUCCAAUCAAAUGUAGUCCCGCCAGAACUAGUUAUUACGAUUGACUGUCGAAUUGCAGUAACUGUGGAAAACAAACAGUGGGAAAAACAAAUAAAACAGUGGUGCAAAGAGGCAGGUAGUGACGUUUGGAUUGAAUGGGAACAAAAAGAACCUCAAGUGCCAGCCACAAAAAUAGAUAAUUCGAAUCCUUAUUGGGUGGCGUUUAAAGAUGCUGCAGAUGAACUCGGCCUCAAACUCAAAACACAAAUAUUUCCUGGAGGCACUGAUAGUAGAUUUAUCCGUGAAGUUGGUAUACCUGCAAUUGGAUUUUCACCAAUAAAUAAUACACCAAUUUUACUCCACGACCAUAAUGAAUAUUUGAAUAAAGAUUUGUUUCUUAAAGGAAUCGACAUUUAUUGCAAACUUAUUAAAUCUGUUGCUGAUUUAGAUGAUAAAACUGGAUAGCUAGUGCUAGUUUUGGCUAAACAAAUUUGAUGUUUGUGGAAAAUAUUAGCACCCUUACCUUUAAUAAGUGAAGGGCAUAACUUAGGUGCAAUAAUUAAUUUUAAGCGAUCAUAUAAAUGUUUUUGCAUAACUUAGUAGUGUUUAUCCAAAGUUAAUGAUGCAUUCUGCGCUGAAAAAUAGUUCAAAAUAUGGCUGAAUUUUUCCAAAGGUUGCAGUUGAAUAAAUUGCCUUUUUAUGUACAAUUAAGUUUCAAAAAAUAAAAGUUUAGAGGCCAUAUAAUAAUAUUUUAUGUGGAUGAGCACAUAUUUAUUAAUUUGUUUUUAACAAUUGUAGGUAGAAAUGUAUUGUCUUUUUUCUAAUCUUUGCUACUCAAUUUUCCUAAAUGUAGUUUUAAAAUCGGUUUUAAAGUAAUCAGUCUGUGAUGUGCUAAAUAUACUGAAAAUACAAUUUUCCAUAUAGGGCAAUUUGCAUAUAAACAAAUUAAUAUUUUUAUACUACUUUUAGCUGAUAAUAAUAUGUACACCUACCAAAAAUUUAAUAUUGGAGCUAUUUUUUGUUGUUGACUUGUUACAUGAAUAUAUUAAUUGCAAACUUUAA